AUGAGAAAAGCGACAACGGUUUUUCUUUUUUCGAAUUCCAACUGUCGAGAGAUUUUAACCACACACAGCCCGUUAUAUACGUUCACAGCCUGUUAUAUACUUUUACAGUCUGUUAUAUACUUUUACAGUCUGUUAUAUACUUUUACAGUCUGUUAUAUACUUUUACAGUCUGUUAUAUACUUUUACAGUCUGUUAUAUACUUUUACAGUCUUUUAUAUACUUUUACAGUCUGUUAUAUACUUUUACAGUCUUUUACAGUCUGUUAUAUACUUUUACAGUCUGUUAUAUACUUUUACAGUCUUUUAUAUACUUUUACAGUCUUUUACAGUCUGUUAUAUACUUUUACAGUCUGUUAUAUAUUUUUACAGUCUGUUAUAUACUUUUACAGUCUGUUAUAUACUUUUACAGUCUGUUAUAUAUUUUUACAGCCUGUUAUAUACUUUUACAGUCUGUUAUAUACUUUUACAGUCUGUUAUAUACUUUUACAGGCUUCUUUUACAGCCUGUUAUAUACUUUUACAGCCUGUUAUAUACUUUUACAGUCUGUUAUAUACUUUUACAGUCUGUUAUAUACUUUUACAGUCUGUUAUAUACUUUUACAGUCUUUUAUAUACUUUUACAGUCUUUUACAGACUGUUAUAUACUUUUACAGACUGUUACAUACUUUUACAGACUGUUAUAUACUUUUACAGACUGUUAUAUACUUUUACAGACUGUUAUAUACUUUUACAGACUGUUAUAUACUUUUACAGUCUGUUAUAUACUUUUACAGACUGUUAUAUACUUUUACAGACUGUUAUAUACUUUUACAGUCUGUUAU